AUGGAGGGGACGGCGGUGAUGAGGAAUAUUAUCCUGGAAGCCAGGAACGGGAUGGGUUUCUGUACAUUGAGCACUGGGAUUUGGAGAUCUAUCGGGUGGACCAGCAGUGAGUUCGACCAAGGGACCCAAGGAUGGAGGUCUAAGAUGAUGACCCUGAUGGUGGCUCUCCUUAAGGCUAGGUCCAAGGUCCCCCCCAACCUAGAGGUCACCCCCAACCCCCCUAGACAUCCCAAUCGCCAACCCAAUCACUCUUGGAUUACUCUGUCCAACUCUGGCAUCCUGACAUAUCUUCCAAAGGCUACUACCAUUUGCCAAUCAAACGACCUGGCAACCUUCUUCCUGAUUUGUACUUUAAGCCAUCCCACUUGCCCAACCCAAUCACUCUUGGAUUACUCUGUCCAACUCUGGCAUCCUGACAUAUCUUCCAAAGGCUACUACCAUUUGCCAAUCAUAGGACCUGGCAACCUUCUUCCUGAUUUGUACUUUAAGCCAUCCCACUUGCCAACCCAAUCACUUUUGGAUUACUCUGUCCAACUCUGGCAUCCUGACAUAUCUUCCAAAGGCUACUACCAUUUGCCAAUCAUAGGACCUGGCAACCAUCCCACUUGCCCAACCCAAUCACUCUUGGAUUACUCUGUCCAACUCUGGCAUCCUGACAUAUCUUCCAAAGGCUACUACCAUUUGCCAAUCAUAGGACCUGGCAACCUUCUUCCUGAUUUGUACUUUAAGCCAUCCCACUUGCCAACCCAAUCACUCUUGGAUUACUCUGUCCAACUCUGGCAUCCUGACAUAUCUUCCAAAGGCUACUACCAUUUGCCAAUCAUAGGACCUGGCAACCAUCCCACUUGCCCAACCCAAUCACUCUUGGAUUACUCUGUCCAACUCUGGCAUCCUGACAUAUCUUCCAAAGGCUACUACCAUUUGCCAAUCAUAGGACCUGGCAACCAUCCCACUUGCCCAACCCAAUCACUCUUGGAUUACUCUGUCCAACUCUGGCAUCCUGACAUAUCUUCCAAAGGCUACUACCAUUUGCUAAUCAUAGGACCUGGCAACCAUCCCACUUGCCCAACCCAAUCACUCUUGGAUUACUCUGUCCAACUCUGGCAUCCUGACAUAUCUUCCAAAGGCUACUACCAUUUGCCAAUCAUAGGACCUGGCAACCUUCUUCCUGAUUUGUACUUUAAGCCAUCCCACUUGCCAACCCAAUCACUCUUGGAUUACUCUGUCCAACUCUGGCAUCCUGACAUAUCUUCCAAAGGCUACUACCAUUUGCCAAUCAUAGGACCUGGCAACCAUCCCACUUGCCCAACCCAAUCACUCUUGGAUUACUCUGUCCAACUCUGGCAUCCUGACAUAUCUUCCAAAGGCUACUACCAUUUGCCAAUCAUAGGACCUGGCAACCUUCUUCCUGAUUUGUACUUUAAGCCAUCCCACUUGCCAACCCAAUCACUCUUGGAUUACUCUGUCCAACUCUGGCAUCCUGACAUAUCUUCCAAAGGCUACUACCAUUUGCCAAUCAUAGGACCUGGCAACCAUCCCACUUGCCCAACCCAAUCACUCUUGGAUUACUCUGUCCAACUCUGGCAUCCUGAAAUAUCUUCCAAAGGCUACUACCAUUUGCCAAUCAUAGGACCUGGCAACCAUCCCACUUGCCCAACCCAAUCACUCUUGGAUUACUCUGUCCAACUCUGGCAUCCUGAAAUAUCUUCCAAAGGCUACUUCCACUUGCCAAUCAUAGGACCUGGCAAGCAUCCCACUUGCCCAACCCAAUCACUCUUGAAUUACCCGUCCAACUCUGGCAUCCUGAAAUAUCUUCCAAAGGCUACUACCAUUUGCCAAUCAAAGGACCUGGCAACCUUCUUCCUGAUUUGUACUUUAAGCCAUCCCACUUGCACAACCCAAUCACUCUUGGAUUACUCUGUCCAACUCUGGCAUCCCGAACUAUCUUCCAAAGGCUACUACCAUUUGCCAAUCAUAGGACCUGGCAACCAUCCCACUUGCCCAACCCAAUCACUCUUGGAUUACUCUGUCCAACUCUGGCAUCCUGAAAUAUCUUCCAAAGGCUACUACCAUUUGCCAAUCAUAGGACCUGGCAACUAG